GGCGCCCGGCGUCAGCGGAGCUCCAUGUACGACAAUUUGUACCUGCAUGGAUUUGAAGACUCGGAGGCGGGCUCAGCAGACUCGUACACAAGCAGACCCUCAGACUCUGAUGUCUCUUUGGAAGAAGACAGGGAAGCAAUCCGCCAGGAGAGAGAGCAACAAGCAGCUAUACAACUUGAAAGGGCAAAGUCCAAACCAGUAGCAUUUGCUGUUAAGACUAAUGUGAGUUACUGUGGAGCUCUGGAUGAAGAUGUUCCUGUCCCAAGCACUGCCAUCUCUUUUGAUGCCAAGGACUUCCUGCACAUUAAAGAGAAAUAUAACAAUGACUGGUGGAUAGGAAGGCUGGUCAAGGAGGGCUGCGAGAUCGGCUUCAUUCCGAGCCCGCUUCGCCUGGAGAACAUCCGCAUUCAGCAGGAGCAGAAGAGAGGCCGUUUCCAUGGAGGGAAAUCAAGUGGAAAUUCUUCUUCAAGUCUUGGAGAAAUGGUUUCUGGCACUUUUCGGGCCACUCCUACUUCCACGGCAAAGCAGAAACAAAAAGUGACAGAACACGUGCCCCCAUAUGAUGUAGUGCCAUCAAUGAGACCUGUUGUCUUGGUGGGUCCCUCACUCAAAGGCUAUGAGGUGACAGACAUGAUGCAGAAAGCUCUCUUUGACUUCCUGAAGCACAGGUUUGAUGGGAGGAUAUCAAUAACCAGAGUGACAGCUGACAUUUCCCUUGCUAAGAGGUCUGUCCUGAACAAUCCAAGCAAGAGGGCAAUAAUUGAGCGGUCCAACACCAGAUCCAGUUUAGCUGAAGUACAGAGUGAAAUUGAAAGAAUCUUUGAGCUGGCAAGGUCCUUACAACUGGUUGUCUUAGAUGCAGACACUAUCAAUCACCCUGCACAGCUUAUCAAGACAUCUUUAGCACCAAUUAUCGUCCACGUUAAAGUGUCUUCUCCAAAGGUUUUGCAGCGGCUGAUUAAAUCCAGAGGAAAGUCACAAAGUAAACACUUGAAUGUUCAGUUGGUGGCAGCUGAUAAACUUGCACAGUGCCCACCAGAAAUGUUUGAUGUAAUUUUGGAUGAAAAUCAGCUCGAAGAUGCUUGUGAACACUUGGCAGAGUAUCUGGAGGCAUACUGGCGUGCUACUCACACCACCAGUAGCACACCCAUGACUCCUCUGCUCGGGAGGAACUUGGGAUCCACUGCACUUUCACCCUAUCCCGCUGCCAUCUCUGGAUUACAGAGCCAGCGGAUGAGGCACAGCAGCCAUUCCACUGAGAACUCUCCCAUUGAGCGCCGAAGCCUAAUGACCUCAGAUGAAAACUACCACAACGAAAGGGCUCGGAAGAGCAGGAACCGCUUGUCUUCCAGUUCCCAACACAGCCGAGAUCACUAUCCUCUAGUGGAAGAAGAAUACUCUGACUCCUACCAGGACCCUUACAAACCCCACAGGACCCGAGGAUCCCCCGGAGGGUACAGCCACGAGUCACGACAUAGGCUUUGAGUUCAAGAACCAGGGGAGGGGGGGAAAUGUAGGAUUCAUCAGUUGAUAACUUGCCAUAACGUAGCUAGGAAAGGAAAACCAGUCACCUCGGUUUGGCAGAUGUAACGCUGCGAUCCUGAGGUUGCACUCUGCUGUCAUUCGGUGUUAAGUAGGGGGCAAAAAGAAUCCAACCAUGCCCUUACCUUUCUGCCCGCUCAUCUAGGUGGUUUGUUUGGGUUUAAUUUCCUUGGGUUUAGGACAGCAUUUGCAUUUCUAGCCAUACUCGUUUCUUGUCUGUCAGAGAUUAGACACAUCCGUUUGUAAUUUAGGCUACUUAGCGAGGCACUUAUAGAGUAAUUUCCCGUGCUGGAAAUUCCAAAUGACCAGUUCCAGUUGGAACCAAUUUAUAAACCAAUUCCUGUUGGAAUUUGGGUGAAUUGACUGGAAAGUCGACUUGAGCAUGUUGAAAACAAAGGAAAACCAAUCACAAAUGAAAAGAACAACCCCCGACAAUGACAAAGCACCAGGAGGCAGAAAGUCAGUUGUUGGGCUGCUGGAAGCUCAAUUCACACUUCAGGUUAGAAUAAAAGGUUUGAUUCUAACUCCUCAUUUCCACAAUGGCCUUUUUGGGGUGUUUUUUUCAGACAAACCAGAUGUCAGAGUGCCAAAUAUCCCAAAUUGUUGCAGCAGUUACAGAAGAACCUUCCAGUUGGGAUUUGUUUUUAGAGCUGGCAGGAAUGUUGCAGCGGGAUGGUUUGUUCAGCUGAGCCAGCCCUGACAUUUUGGUUGCUGUCAGCAGUGGUGAACCACCACAGGUUAAGGGGAAACAGGAACAGGAGAAUGAUCACACUUGAGAACAGUCUGUGUGGGUUAGAGGUUGAGAAUAGCCUUUGGGUUUUGUUCUCUUGUUUACCUGAAUACAGCUAGUAGUCCCAAAAUGAAACAUCAGUGUAUAGGUACAUCAUUUUUUCCUCUCCUGUUUUCAGUGUUCUGUCUUUUAAAAUGGCAAACAGUACCCUCUUCUUACCCAGUGUGUAGAGCACCUCCGUGCCAGUACACCUGAGUACCUUCCUCUGUGUUACAUCCUUCAAAACCCAUCUUGGAGUGGCUGAAAAUUCCAGCACCACACAAGAACUCCCCAGAAGAUCAGUUUAAACCUCAGUAAUGCGACCCGAGGGAAGGGAGCGGGGUUCAGCAUCCAGAAAUGAUUUAAAAGUCCCACAUUGGUUGGAAUUAGCCCACAAUAAAAAUGUAGUGUCAGAAAACACCCCACAGGACCCGCUCCCAGCAAAGCCCUAGAGCUGACCUUUCGGAUCCAAAGAACUACGAUACAUCUUUGGAGAUAGAUACUGCUGCCUUACUUCCUAACUACCACUUCUUUCCACCUGCUGAGUCAUCAGUUCCUUGAAACAGAUAAAUCCAUGGGAUUGGACCUUAUGUCUUAGGUAAUCAGUGAAGCCUUAGAUCCAGUGGGAUUGACAAAUUCACCGCCAUUGGCCGUUUUGUACAAGCCCCUCGUGUCUUUAAGCAGAGACUCUGAAAUUGCCCACUGCAUGCAUUCUCUCAAAGUCACACAGUUAUGCUGACUGGGCAUUUUUUUUAAAUGCAGGUUCGUGUCAGAACAUUUUAUUUUCCAAAUCUGAGGAUCAUUAACUUUUCUCUUUCCUUACUCCCAAAGCCCUGCCACGAGCAGACUCCAAAAGCACGCAGCACUGAGUUAAUUUCCUUAAAUACUACGGUUUCUUCUACUUUCUGGACCAGUUAGCAAAGCUCACUGGUGGUGUUUCCCACCACCCUUGAGUCUUGAUGUUAACCAUGAGGAAAGCAGUUCCCCUCCUUUCUGGCACAGCCCAAACCGAUGCACGUCUCCAGCAGCGUUAGAAGCGUGCGGAUAACGUGGCCACGUUUUGAAACAGCCUCACUCCCUGCCUGAAAGGCAGCUGCUCAGCACCACGAGCUGAUUGGAAUGGGCCAGUUGUAAAUGUGUGCAUCCACUGGAGUGCCAGAACUGAGAAUGGAGAUGCCAGACCUGAUCCUGCGGCUUCCAGCCGAGCAUCCGGGCUGGGAACGCUGCCUCCCCGCUGCCUUCUCGGGUAUUUCCUGCUAUAGCACAGUGGAGCAUCCUCCAGGAGUUUUCACAAGCCUUUGUUACGUGUACAGCACACAUACCUGCAUGAGAAAGAAGGCAUUAGGCAAAGCAUUUUUUUCUAUAAGCUUUAAUAAGUUUCUUGUUUGUGUGCAUUGAAGUAUUAAUUGCAAAGGAUGCACUGAGAUGUAUAGACCUAGAUUAGACAGCUGUUUAUCUUUAUUCUGUAGUAGCAUUAGGGAUCAGAUCAUUUAACUGCUUGAAGAUAUUUGCAUCUUAAUGGCAGGUAGCUCUGAAGCACCUGCAUAUAUUUUCUAGUAAACAAGGUUACUGCUUUAUCAUUUCCUAGACAAAAGAUGACAUUUAUUUCUAGAGCCUUUUGGAGCCUUGUUUUUAAGUCUUCCAUGUCAUGCUAAGGGAAAGGUCUACAGAACACGUAUGCACAAACUCCAUCAGCCACAGCAUCUCCAAGUGCCAAAACUACUUUCUCUGUUGUACUAAAAAGGGGCAUGUGAGGGAAGUCGUGUGCAGUCUGCAAAGAGCACACUUGAAUUCCUUUCUUCCUUGCCUUUGAGUUGACUCUUGUGUGUGCUUACCCUCUCCCACUGCCCUAAGAAAGCAGCCAGCAGGGCUGCAGCAGGCCCCUGUGCCAGCUGGGCUUGCUCUUUCUUUGGAGACCGAUCUUGUAAGAACAAACACACUGGACAUGCUGAUAGACGAUUCAUUUCAUCUAGAUCCAAGCUCGGGGUGCUCUUCAUUUUAAGAAGUGAAUUGUUUAGGAGCAGUGGUACUGGGUGGAAGCUGCAGUGUUGGUUGGGGAGGUGUGAACUCAUAGUUACUUGCA